UCCAGUCAUCCUGCUCGUCUUCCUCCUCACAGUUGACAUGGGAGAUACAAGCUGUUUUCAAUUAGACUUCCCACCCAGUGCUAAAGGCUGCUUCAUGGAUGAUGAUUACUAUGCAAAUGGGAAAAAAUGGAGGACUAAAGACUGUCAAGACUGUAGGUGUUACGAGAAACACAUGACUUGCUGCCUCAGCUACCUAAUUCCCAUUAUAUUCGACAGAGAAAAUUGUGUAGAUAUUUUUGACCUAAAGACCUGUAGUGUUCACAUUGUGAAGAAGGCCAAUCCUGGUAAGAAGUGUGAAAUUAUGAGUGCUUCAGGUUAAAGUCUUUGAAUUUCUCUCUCCUGUCAACAAAUUAAGAAGGAACUCACUAAGAUCUGGAGAAGGAAGAACUGCACUCACUAUUGGACAGAAUCAUUCUCAUCUUUAGCUCCAAAUUCAUUGUAUUCUCCCCAGUUCUCAUCUGGUUCUACAUAAUCUGUUUUCCUCAGAUGCUGUGGAUUAUAAUUUUUCAUCUGCUAAAUGCAGAUAAAUAAAUUAUCUUCUUCAAGUUUCA